AUGUCUAUUGCUCCUUCCAUCCCUUCCAUAAAGAUUAAAAUCUCUCCUCCUCAUCAUCCAUGUAAGCUCUCUUUAAAACCAUCCACCAUUAUCAAGAGCUCUAAAGCUGAGGGCCCUCUAAGGAGACCUGCUGCUCCUCUCUCCCCUUCUCCCUCUCCUCCUCCCCCAUCCCUCUCUCCCACUCCUCCUGUGAAACCAGCCACCCCAUCCUGGUCUCCUCGCACGCCGCCGGAAGCGGCGGUGGCGACGAAGGAGGUGGUGACUUUGGAGUACCAGAGGAAGGUGGCCAAGGAGCUGCAGGAGUACUUUAAGCAGAAGAAGAUAGAGGAGGCAGAUCAGGGUCCCUUCUUUGGCUUCAUGAGCAAAAAUGAGAUCACAAAUGGCAGAUGGGCGAUGUUUGGGUUUGCUGUUGGAUUGCUAACGGAGUAUGCAACGGGCUCAGAUUUUGUUCAGCAGAUAACGAUCCUUCUCUCCAAUUUUGGGAUUGUGGAUUUGGAAUGA